GAUGUGGACGAUGUGCAUUCUGAUUGGCUGUAACUAGAAAGGGCGUCCGCCGUGGGAUUGGUACUGUCUUCGGGGGGUGGAGACCUCGCGGCGACCGCUCGAAUUUCCCGGGUUGGGCGCGCGGAGCCUGCCGGGAAGCUCUCGGGACGGUUACCCACCCGGCCAGCAGUGGUCCCGAGUGGGGUUUCGACAUGCAGAGCACUGAUCUGGGCAACAAGGAGAGCGGCAAGAUAUGGCACCGCAAGCCUUCGCCGGCCACUCACGACGGAAUUAUAGUGAACAUCAUUCACAGCACUUCUGAAUACCAUCCGAAAGUUCUGCGGUUUUUGAAUGUGGCUUUUGAUGGCUCAGGCGAUUCCUUUAUUGCUGGGGACCACCAAGGAAACAUCUAUACUUUUGACGUGCAUGGAAACAGGUUUGCUCUUGUUCAGCGAACAGCGCAGGCUUGCACAGCUCUGGCCUUUGAUCUUCGCAGGAAGUCUGAGUUCCUUGUGGCGUUAGCUGACUAUUCUAUUAAAUGUUUUGAUACAGUCACCAAGGAGCUGGUUAGCUGGAUGAGAGGGCAUGAAUCGUCAGUUAGUUCCAUCUCUGUGCACGCAUCCGGGAGAUACGCCAUCACUACUUCCUCAGACACUGCUCAGCUCUGGGACUUGGACACUUUCCAGAGGAAAAGAAAGCUGAACAUCCGCCAGUCUGUGGGGAUACAGAAGGUUUUCUUUCUCCCAUUCAGUAACACAAUCCUCAGCUGCUUUAAAGACAACUCCAUCUUCGCUUGGGAAUGUGAUACUCUGUUUUGCAAGUACCAAUUACCGGCUCCACCUGAAGGCUCUAGCAUCGUAUACAAAGUGUUUGCCGUGACCAGAGAUGGCCGAAUCUUGGCUGCUGGAGGCAAAUCCAACCACCUGCAUUUGUGGUGUUUGGAGACCACACAGCUCUUCAGAAUCAUCCAGAUGCCUACUAAGGUCCGAGCUGUUCGCCAUCUGGAAUUCCUUCCUGACAGCUUUGAUGCCGGUUCCAAUCAGGUUCUCGGUGUGCUGAGUCAAGAUGGGAUUAUGAGAUUUGUCAACAUACAGACUUGUAAACUUCUCUUUGAAAUUGGGAGCGUUGAAGAAGGAAUUAGCUCAUCAGUAAUUAGCCCACAUGGUCGGUACAUAGCAUCUAUUAUGGAAAAUGGAAGUCUGAACAUAUAUUCUGUCCAGGCUUUAACACAAGAAAUAAACAAGCCACCUCCUCCCUUAUUCAAAGUGAUUGAAGAUUUGCCUAAUAACACACUGAGCUCCAGUAAUCUUAAGAUGAAAAUGGUGUCAGGAAGAGCACAGCGGCCAGCAAGAUCUAAAGAGAGCAGGACUCAGACUAGAACACUCAAGCGCGACCUGGCGGGUAACGUAGAAAACAAAGAGAAUGAAUUGUCAGAAGGAUUAAAUAAAAAACGUUUGCAAAUCUUAUUGAAAGGCUAUGGGGAAUAUCCAACAAAAUACAGGAUGUUUAUUUGGCGUUCUUUGCUACAGCUGCCUGAAAAUCACACUGCGUUUAGUAGCUUGGUGGAUAAGGGGACUCAUGUGGCUUAUCUCAACCUUCAAAAGAAAUACCCCAUCAAAAGUAGAAAGCUACUGAGAGUAUUGCAGAGAACCCUCUCUGCGUUAGCUCACUGGUCUGCGAUCUUCAGUGACACACCGUAUCUUCCACUCUUGGCCUUCCCAUUUGUAAAAUUAUUCCAGAACAAUCAGCUCAUCUGUUUUGAAGUUGUUGCUACUCUCAUAAUCAAUUGGUGUCAACAUUGGUUUGAGUACUUUCCUAACCCUCCCAUCAAUAUUCUUAGCAUGAUAGAAAAUGUUUUGGCAUUUCAUGACAAGGAACUGCUGCAGCACUUUAUAGAGCGAGAUGUAACUUCCCAGCUGUACGCCUGGCCUCUCCUUGAAACUGUGUUCUCAGAAGUGCUGACAAGAGAGGAGUGGCUCCGCUUGUUUGAUAAUGUCUUCUCCAACCACCCUUCCUUCCUCCUGAUGGCUGUGGUGGCCUACAAUACCUGCUCUAGAGCACCUUUGCUCAACUCUACUCUUAAGGAUGAUUUUGAGUAUUUUUUUCACCAUCGGAAUAACCUGGACAUAAAUGUUGUAAUUAGAGAAGUUUAUCGUCUCAUGGAGACUACGCCUGCUGAUAUUCAUCCAAGAAGCAUGCUGGAUGCUUUUGUUGCAUUGACCAAAGGGCAAUAUCCCAUAUUUAAUCAAUAUCCAAAGUUUAUUGUGGACUAUCAGACACAGGAACGAGAAAGGAUCAGGAAUGAUGAAUUGGAUUUCUUGAGAGAGAGGCAGACAGUUGAAAAUAUGCAAGCUGAAGUCGAUGAACAGAGAGCUGAGGAUGAGGCUUGGUACCAGAAGCAGGAGCUGCUUCGUAGAGCUGAGGAGACGAGAAGAGAGAUGCUUCUGCAGGAGGAAGAGAAAAUGGCCCAGCAGAGACACAGGCUUGCUGCUGCAAAAAGAGAGCUGAAGAUGAAGGAAAUCCACUUGCAGGAUGCUGCUAGGAGACGCUUUCUCAAGCUUCAGCAGGGUCAGCGUGAGAUGGAGCUGCGCCGGCUGGAGGACGAAAUCGAGAGAAAGGUACAAAUGAGAGAUGAAGAAAUUGCUGCCACGGCCAAAGACCUGGAAAUGAGAGAGCUGGAGCUCGAAUUACAGAAGCGACUUUAUGAGAAGGAUCUUACUAGAAGUCAAGAUGCUAUUGCAAAGGAAAUUCGAGAUGGUGCGGAUGCCCAUAGGCGCAAAGUGGCUCUUGAAGAACACAUGUUCCAGAAUCUACUAGAAACCAGCCAGCUGGGGAACAGGACUCGGAGGGAAGUUGAGGACAGUUUGGCUAAAGCUGAGCAAGCCUGCCUCGAUGCUGACUGGCAGAUCCAGGCUUUACACAAGCAGCAAUGUGACGACCACCAGCGCGGCCAGGGCUACCAGGAAGUCGCCACACUGCUCCGGAAGAACAGGAGGAGGGAAACGGAAGUCCUAAAUGCCAUGAUGAAGGAGGAAGCUAAGAAGUGGAAGGAAGCCGAAGAAAAGGAAUUGCACUUGGGAUCAGAAAAGAGAGCCUCUGCCCUGUCGGAUGCCUCUAGAAAGUGGUUCUUAAAGCAGGAGACGAGUGCAGCUCUGGAACAUGGUGGAGACCUGCUGUGUGAAGAAAAAGGAAUGUUCUAUGCUUCAGAAUAGUUGACCUUGAAGACCGUAUGUCUAGUUAAAGAAGUCAGACAUGAAAGGCUGCCUGCAUACUGAGAGCACAUCCAUAUGAAGUCGUCAGGAAGCGGACAGCUCUACAGAGGGGAGCCGACGGCUGGUGCCGGACCGUGGUGGGGAAAGGACUGUAAAGGAUCUGGGAGUUCUCUGGGAAAUGAUGAAAAUGUUCUCAAAUUAAUGAUGAUGUUUAUAAUAAUUUUGAAUGUAUUAAUUAUAUCAAACUAUUCACUUCAAAAAGAUGAACUGCCCAAGUGUGGUUGCACAUUAUGAUGCUCCCAGCAUUUGAGAGGUAGAGGCAGAAGGAUUGGAAGUUCAAGGCCAACCCACACUACUUGUGUCUGUCUCAAAUAAAUGGAAGCAUAAGAAUUUUUGUGGAUUUAUUACCCAUUGUUUCUCACAAACUUUAAGGAGCAUAACUCAGCCAUGGAAUGAAGUUGCCUGCCCUUGUGGUCUUAUUAAGGUAGCUACAGCAGAAAACCCAUGUCCAUGAAUGGCUGUAUAUGUCUUGGGCCAGGAAAAAUGUGCCAACUUCAGGUGUCUCAGCUACAGGACAGGUGCACUUGGGGCCUGGCUCAAGUUUCUAGGGAUGAACACAGCCACAGACGGCAGGGUGUCUUGUGCUCGGUUGAGGAGUGGGGUCCCAGUCUGUUAUCCAGCUAGCUGCAUGACACAACCUGGGGAGGAACCAGGACUGCUCCUGCAGCGAGCUCCAGGCCAGGGCUCAGGAGUCAGGAGAAGCAGGAGAACUGAUGGGCACCGUCUGUUCCUUUUGCAUUCGUGGUAUAUGUGAUACCAACUCAUUAAAUGAAUAUUAAGUCUUUGAAAUUAAGAGUCGGGGGCUGGGGAGAUGGCUUAAUGAGUAAGCAUUUGCUGAGCUACCAUGAAGACUAGAAUUCAGAUUCUCCAGCAUCCAGGCGAGUGUUAGGAGGGCGUGGCAGACCGCCUGCAAUCCCAGCGAGCCAGAGGGUUGAACUGACCUGGAUGAAUUUGGCAACUGUGGUGCAGUGAGAGACUGCCUCAGUGUAGAAUGUGGUGGAAAGAGGACAGCCAGCACCAGUGUCUGUCCUCCAUACACACACGGACACGUGUGCUUGUACAUCCACAUGCCCAUGUACCCACAUGGGAAAGAAAGAUGAGUCCCCUCUGGAGCCUUAAGGAAUAUGCUUUGAAGGAAGAAAGUGUAGGCACUUUAUUUUUAUCCUUAAAUGUUCAGAUUUGUUAUGAGCAUCUUUUAAUAAAUUGCAGAUUGUUUUAAAUGCACAUAUACAGAACCGCAUUGGUGGUGAUGCUCUGACUUAGUGGGUACAGUAACUGGCUCUCGCAGGCAGAAACACACUGGGGAUGCCCUAGCUCGGUGGGUGCAGCAACUGGCUGGGCAGAGUAGGGUUGAAGUGGUGAGUCUGCUCAGCCAGUGCUUGAGAUUCUGCUGCAGGCAGAAGAGAUGAUGGUACUGACGGUGGAGGGAGGACAGAUUCUAAAGGACCUUGCUCUCAGACGUGGGGCAGUCGGGUUAGGGCGGAGGGACACAGCUGAAAGGUGAGAGAGUGGUUUUGUGGUAUUUUGUGCUGGGUACAUGUGUAUGGCUGUGAGGGUUCUCUCCUUCCACUGUGGUGUCCGGGGAUUGACUCUGGUGAGUUUGGCGGCGAUGCCUUGACCUGCUGUCUGUCGGCCCUGUCUGAGGAGAGCAGCUACUGCACAGCCGCGCUCCCGGGACUUUGCUGCUGCGCUCGCUACUCUGGUCAGGUCUGCUGCUUCUGAUUCUGUCUGGACUGCGGUAGCUCACCAGGCUAGCCACCCCACUGCCACCGAUGCUCACGUGGUUCUCAGGGACCAUUUGCUAACACAUUCCAUAAUCUCUAUUAAUAUUUGGGAUCACCACCCUGACAUCUUUUACAAGGAAGGGAAUCUGGAGUCUUGUGUGUGCUAGCCAGGUGCUCUACCACCAAGCCAUGCUUUUAGCCCCUGGUGCCCACUUAGCUCUCUGUUGGCCUUUUGUUUUAGUUGAUGUUCUUACAGCCAUUAGCAGAGCUUCAGUGCAGCUGCCCAUUCCUGACGCUGCACUUCUGCUGUCUGCCAAAUGCAGCAGUGUUCUUCCCAGAGCAAGAAAGGAGGGAAGGGGCUACUCACCACUCAUGCAAGACAGUUUACCACACAUGCACGGUUUGUCCUCAAUAAAUGGUUUCCGCUGACUCUCGCACCUUUUCUUCUCUCCGCCCU